GUGAUGAAGCCGUGAAGCUAGCUAGUUAGCUAGCUUUCAUAAGUUGAAUUCCGCUUGCUGAAUUGUGCACUCCGUAUGUGUAACCAUUCCAAGUUUUUAACAUCACCUCUGCAGUCACCCAUCUGCCCUGUUAUAGACACGUGAUCAAUGACGGCUUUGGUUAGCCAUGGCUGUCGUGUCAUGGAAGGAGAUUUUACUUUUGACUGGACUGGUGGUAGGAUGUUACUGGAACAGUCUGUCGUGCGGCUUUGUGUUUGAUGAUGUCUCAGCAAUCCUUGACAACAAGGACCUGCGGCCUUCAACCCCACUCCGCAACCUAUUCCUCAAUGACUUCUGGGGAACCCCUAUGGCUGAGGAGCGGAGCCACAAAUCUUACCGACCCUUGACCGUAUUCACCUUCCGACUGAACUACCUCUUCAGUGAGCUGAGCGCCGCUUCCUACCAUCUGCUUAAUGUUAUUUUACACGCCGUAGUGUGUGUGCUUUUCCUGCGAGUGUGCCGAUUGUUCCUGGACAAGACUUCCGGCUUGGUAGCAGCGUUGCUGUUUGCUGUGCACCCCAUCCACACGGAAGCUGUCACAGGUGUGGUUGGCAGAGCUGAACUUCUUUCUUCAAUCUUCCUCCUGGCAGCUUUCCUGGCCUACACAAAAUCAACAGGUGCAGAUCACUCCAUUGUUUGGGCUCCCAUUGCUUUGACAGUUGUUCUAGUGGCUGCAGCAACUUUGUGUAAGGAGCAGGGAAUCACUGUAGUCGGCAUCUGCUGUGUCCAUGAAGUGUUUGUUGCACAAGGGUUUACCUUGCCCAUGCUGUUGGAUACACUGCGGCAAGUCCUGCAGGGUAAAGAUGGUUUCCCCUAUGCUGUCUUGCAAACUCUGCUGAAGCUCAUUGUCCUCAUCAUCAGCACCCUGCUGCUCGUCAUCAUCAGAGUGCAAGUCAUCCAGUCCCAGCUUCCUGUCUUCACCAGAUUUGAUAACCCGGCAGCAGUCAGCCCCACUCCCACUAGACAACUGACUUUUAACUACCUACUUCCUGUGAAUGCAUGGCUUCUACUGAAUCCCUCUGAGCUCUGCUGCGACUGGACUAUGGGCACCAUCCCUCUGGUGGAGUCACUCCUAGACCUCCGUAACCUGGCCACCCUGGUGUUCUACACUUCUCUGUCCCUGCUAGCUUACCACAGCCUGCGCUACAGACACAGCUCUGCCAAGACUGUCAUCAUGGCCCUGUCUUUGAUCGUCCUACCCUUUGUUCCUGCGUCUAACCUCUUCUUCCCUGUGGGUUUUGUUGUGGCAGAGAGGGUACUUUAUGUUCCCAGUAUGGGUUUCUGUGUUCUUGUUGCGCAUGGAUUCAAGAUUGUGUCACAUAAACGACACUUGAAGAAGAUUUCCUGGUUGAUAAUUGCAGUGCUACUAACAACACAUGCAGCGAAAACCUUCAACAGGAAUUGGGACUGGGAGUCAGAAUACACACUCUUCACCUCUGCCCUGAAGGUGAACAAGAACAAUGCAAAGUUGUGGAAUAAUGUUGGCCACGCUCUAGAGAACCAAAACAAUUACGCAAAGGCACUGCAGUAUUUCCUCCAGGCCACUCGCGUCCAGCCAGAUGACAUUGGUGCUCACAUGAAUGUUGGAAGAACCUACAAGAACUUGAACAAGUCCAGAGAGGCAGAAGAUGCCUACUUGGUUGCCAAAUCCCUUAUGCCACAGGUUAUUCCUGGUAAGAAGUAUGCAACACGUGUGGCACCUAAUCAUCUGAACGUUUACAUAAACCUGGCCAAUCUGAUCCGGGCCAACGAAUCAAGGCUGGAGGAGGCUGACCAGCUCUACCGACAAGCAAUCAGCAUGAGACCAGACUUCAAACAAGCCUACAUCAGCAGAGGUGAGCUGCUGCUGAAGAUGAACAAGCCCACAGAAGCCCGGGAUGCCUACCUCCGAGCCUUGGAGCUUGACCGCACCAACGCUGACCUGUGGUACAACCUUGCCAUCGUCAACAUUGAGAUGAAGGACCCAUCAGAAGCCCUGAAAAACUUCAACCACGCUCUGGAGCUCAACCCACGCCACAAGCUGGCACUCUUCAACUCAGCACUUCUAAUGCAGGAGUCUGGUGAGCCAAAGUUCUGGCCUGAGGCUAACCGUCGCUUCCUGACCUAUGUGGAGGAGGAGCCUGAAGAUGCCAAUGGUUACUUUAACCUCGGCAUGCUGGCCAUGGAUGCCAAUGAAAAUGCAGCAGCUGAGAGGUGGAUGCGUAAAGCCAUUGGUUUGCAGGUCGGCUUCCGCAGUGCCCUGUUUAACCUGGCAUUGCUUUACUCUCAGUCAAAACGCGAGAUGGAUGCACUGCCUGUGUUGGACGAGCUGCUGCGCCACCACCCAGAGCACAUCAAGGGCCUAAUUCUGAAGGGUGACAUCCUCAUGAACCACAAGAAGGACACGCAUGGUGCUAAAGCCUGCUUUGAGCGCAUUUUGCGCAUGGACCCCACCAAUGUACAAGGCAAGCACAACUUGUGCGUGGUCUACUUUGAGGAGCGUGACCCGCGGGCAGAGCGCUGCCUGGAGGAAACACUGGCCCUGGCACCAAACGAGGAGUAUGUGCGUCGUCACUUGAGUAUUGUACGAAGUAAAAUGGCUGCCAUGAGCGCAGCAGGGCAACCACUUACUUCAGCAGGGGGAGCUACCAUGUCAGCAAAGGAGGAAAAGCUGAAGAGAGUUCAGGAGGGGGCGGAGGAGGAGGUUGCUGAGGGUGAGGAGGAAGGGAGGGGUGCUGAUGCUGUUGGAAAGGGGGCUGGGGAUGAGAAGAAUGUGCGGAAAUCCUCUGCAGAAAGCCUCGGAGCUGUGGGUGUGGACCAAUCGGAGUCUUUGGACAGCAGCCAGUCUGACAAGCGGACUAAGGGUAAGUCCACUAAAGAGAUUAAAGAUAUAGAGGAAAAAAGAGCAGCUGCCUUGAAGAGACUAGAGGAGAUUGAGCGCAUAUUAAGUGGUGAUUGACGUUGUUGUAAUUUAUAGCUGGACUACUUUUAUAGAGCUCUUUAAUGCUCCGGGAUGAGACUGCAUUUCCCCCCCUUAGAGAUGUGUAUUCUUAAUCAAUUGUCAUUUUAUUCCAUUGAUUUAUUACGUGUUUGCAGGCCGCUCUGCAUGGUCCUGUUGUUUUAACACUAAUCUUGUAAAGAAGGGAAAUGUUAAUCUGCACAUGAAACUCAUGUAACAAUAAGCACAAAGCCAAUUUGGGAUAAUCUAUUUAAAGCCUAUGGCAGAUGUAGAUGCCAAUGUGUGUGCUUCAUCUGAAUGUGAUUUCACAUAUCGUAAAUCUGCAGUAGUUAUAAAUAUUUGUUUUGUUUUUCCAUGUAUAGUCAUUGUUUAUCACUGGAUUUUUUUUCACUAAAUGUGACUCGCUCCUGUGUACAGAAUGAUUGUAUCAUGGACAAUUAAAGGAAGUGACGUGUUCCCCAGAUUUCCUCAAGGCAGGAUGAUAGCUGCAGAGUGUGAGCCUCAAAAUAACCCAAACCACACAGAGCAAAAUAACCCUCCACACUGAACACCAAGCUUAAGUUCUGUUGCAGCAACGUCUUCUAAUCUUUAUUGAUCUCACUCGGCAUUUCCUGCCACUGCAUCAUCAGCCUCUGUGCUCACAGCUGCCUUCACCUCAAAAUUACAUUGUGAUCUCAUCUAGACUUUUAUCUUACUCCCUUUGUCACAUUACCUCCUCGCAUCUCCAACCCUGUCUCCCAUCCUUUAGACACUACAGACGUAUUAGAGAGGAAUGUUCUUCCUGCUUUUCUUGGUAAACUAUCCGAUACACAUCGUUUUCACACGUUUUAUGUGACGGUCAACAAUGACGCACACUCAUCCUCAGCGUUGGGCUUCAUCAUGUGUUCCUUAUUCCUUCCACUUCACAGGGUGAAUUUUCACCGCAGAAAACAGAUCUCCCCCUUCAUCCUGCUCCACAGUGAUGACAUUGUUUUAGCUUCCUGGCACUAAAAUAUCAUUGGGAUGUUUCACAUUUUGAAGUUUUUGUAGUAGCCUUUCUAUUCAGUUGCUUCACAGUGCAAUAACGUUUGCAUCUGCUCAGUGCAAUUUUUGAUAGUGGAAUCACAGGAAAGAAGACUGUAUUACUGUAAGUUAGGAGCACUGUGGUGGUACUAAGGAGCCUGCUAUGCAUUGAGCUUGUUUAUCCCUGAAAUGCUGUGUACAUAGAUUUACAAUGUACUUGUAUCCAGUGUUAUUUAUUAUUUUUAUAUGCACUGCCAAUGCUGUAGAUGUUAUUGUUUACCACUGACAGUAUGCUUUAAAUUCAUGGUGCAUUAUUUUGUUUCUACUAAAUUUCAAUAUGUGUACUCACACAUGUAAAACAGAUCAUAGAUGUUUUCCACUUUGAAAUAACAGAGCCGAUGUCAGGGUUAAACAUGUAUGACCUAUUGAAUCAACUGUCUGCCCUAAAAACCUAGGUACAGCUUUCAAGAAAGCAUCCCGUUUGCAACAUUUUCUGUUUCACCUCAUUUUGCGGAGUGACUGAUUUUUGUACGAUUUAAGAUUUUUUUUUUUUUUUUAUGCAAUAGCCUAUAGUGGUGGGGGUCUAAGGUUAUUAAAUAAAGUGAGAUGACAACUCA